GUGCACGCACGGAGCCCGGUGCUCCUGCUGCCAGUUGUGUGCGAGCGCGUGUGCGUGUGCAAGGGGAGAUCAGACACGCCGGCUGCCCGCUCCCGUCUCUCCCCCUCUCUCCAGCUCGCUAACUCCGUCUCCCUCCCUCUGCAAACAUUGGAUUUAAACCUGCUCAGAAUUCAGCGCAGACCAAGAGCAGCGGCGGCAGCAGCAAGCAGCAAGCGGCGCAGCCGCUCGCCCACCGCAGCUCCAAGAUGAACCAUCCCGCCUGCUGGAUCGUCUUCACGGCCACCACUGCCCUGCUCUUCAUCCCAGGAGUGCCCGUGCGCAGCGGAGAUGCCACCUUCCCCAAAGCCAUGGACAACGUGACAGUGCGGCAAGGGGAGAGCGCCACGCUCAGGUGUACUGUGGAUGACCGGGUGACGCGGGUGGCGUGGCUGAACCGCAGCACCAUCCUGUAUGCCGGCAAUGACAAGUGGUCUAUAGACAACCGCGUGGUCAUCCUGUCCAACACCAAGACCCAGUACAGCAUCAAGAUACACAACGUGGACAUAUACGAUGAGGGCCCCUACACCUGCUCUGUGCAGACAGACAAUCACCCCAAGACUUCACGCGUCCACCUCAUCGUGCAAGUGCCCCCCCAGAUUGUCAACAUCUCCUCGGACAUCACCGUGAAUGAGGGCAGCAGCGUGACCCUCAUGUGCCUGGCCUUUGGGAGACCGGAGCCCACCGUCACGUGGCGGCACCUCUCCGGGAAGGGGCAGACCUUUGUGAGUGAGGACGAGUACCUGGAGAUCACAGGCAUCACACGGGAGCAGUCCGGCGAGUACGAAUGCAGCGCCGUCAACGACGUGGCCUUCCCAGAUGUGCGGAAAGUCAAAGUUACUGUCAACUACCCGCCCUACAUCUCCAACGCCAAGAACACGGGCGCCUCGGUGGGCCAGAAGGGCAUCCUGCAGUGCGAGGCCUCGGCCGUCCCCGUGGCGGAGUUUCAGUGGUUCAAGGAGGACACCAGGUUAGCGAACGGGCUGGAGGGCGUGCGGAUCGAGAGCAAGGGCCGCCUGUCCACGCUGACCUUCUUCAACGUCUCGGAGAAGGACUACGGCAACUACACGUGCGUGGCCACGAACAAGCUGGGCAACACCAACGCCAGCAUCAUCCUCUACGGGCCCGGAGCGGUGCACGACGGCGGCAACGCGGCGUCCCGGGUGGCUGCUGGCCUCUGCCUCUGGGCCACCCUCCUGGCCCGCCUCCUCCUCGACUUUUGAUAAGGGAGCGGAGGGUCCCGGGAGGCCUCGCCGCACCUCUCCCCCGCCGUGGGCUCGGCCGCCGCGCCGCCCGGGGACUCCUCUCCGUCGGACGGGCGACGCACCGGAGGACGGGCGGCGGCGGCGCCGAGCGUCCGAGGAUGGCCCCGUCUCCGCCGUGCCGGGAUCGUCCUCGCCGCCGGUCACGCUGUACAGACCCCACCACGUGCCACCAGACUGUCACCCGCCACCGUCGCCCCGGGGUGCGGCCCGGCACGGCCGGUGCCCCCCGGGGGCACGGAGCCGUCGGGGCCGGUGCCGCCCAGAGCCUUCACCGGGAUGUCCGUCUCGUCGUCUCACUAAGCCGCCUACGCCCAAAAAGACCCCAAGGUUGAAGCCUCCUGGCUCGGCCUUCAGCCCUCUCGGUCCUGAAUGUCAGUUCUCGUCGCCAAAGCUCCUCCCUAAGCACCCCGAUGUCGCCAGGGCCCCAUCACCUGCCUCUGCUCCUGACAGGAUGCUCUCUGGCCCUCUGGGAGACACAACCACUUGUCCUCCAAGGGUCACUCACUUCCCUCUACUCUUUAUUCCAGCUGACAUCGUAUCCCUGUGCUUCCCACUAAAACCCCCUCACCUUCCUGAGGGCACGAGGCUGCUCUCCCAGGAAUGUGAGCCCUGGGGACUGCCACCAGCCCUCCUGGAGACUAAAGCCUUCUUGCUGCAUCGGACAGUCAGGCCCUCACUCCUCGCUCCCCUCCCAUUCUGCUGCUGCCCCCCUGACGGCAGGGGUUGCCCCAUGGCUCGCACCUUGAUGCUCUGCCAGCACUUUCUGGGGAGGUUUCUUUGGGCUUGUUUUCCAAGCACUUUCCAACCUGCACAUCAAAAGCACAGCAUCACCAGCGUGGGGCAGAGGCUCUGAAUGACAGAUCGAAACACCAGCUGACAAGGCCCAUUUGCUAUGGCUCUGACACUCAUGACCAUCUGUAUCUGCCCCGCUGAGGGCCCUGAGCUGCAAUGUCUUCACUCUGCCUUGUCUCAUGCCCAUCACAUGCCCCUGCCUGAGGAAAGUCUGAUGUGUCUGACCCUGUGGAGGAGGCCUGGGCUCUGUUGAUUUGCUGUGCUGGCACAGCAGGGACAAGGAUGCAUCCAAUGCUCCCUGCUGCAACUUGCCUGCGACACCAAAACAGACACACCCAGACUCUGCCCUCUCUGCUUCUUCCAGCUGCCCUGGGAGCUGCCAUCCACGGUGGCGGUAGCCACGUCAUCUCCCUGCCUAUGGAAUUGUGCUCCUGAUACCCUCGUGCACCAUGGACCCCCUUGCCUGGUACAUUGUGGCAGCCCUGAGCCUUCUUGUCACUCCAUGGCCACCCAGGAAUGUUUUGGGACCACAGUCUGGAGAUGGACACUCCCAUCCUGCUCCUGAAAAGUCACGCGUGGCACUGGACCCUAUUGCUGCGACAGGGAGACUCGACUACAGCAAGGCACUGAGCAAGCACACCGAGUGUCCCCUGUCCUGGCCCGGUGCCUCCCCGUGCCUUGUCCCUUCCCUCUCCCUCCAUACGUGAGAUGACUUAAGAACAACGGCCACGCACAUGCUGUCUUCCCCAUGCAAGCUCUGCUGCUGCCCAAACCUGCUUUCUGUGGCUGGAAGGAAGCUGGGGCGCCAGCCCUCAGCACAAAAAAUGGAAAAAACCACCCUGAGCCAGAGGCCAUGAUGGGCCCCCACCCUGUUCUCUAUGCAGCCGUGCCCGUCCUCAUCCCUGUUCUCAAUGGGCUGCCCAGGACCUGCUACAAAAUCUCAAUGGAUGCUCCUGCCCCUCCAACCCUGGAUGCUCAAGAUGUACCAUGGCUGAGUGACAAAAAACACCUGGCCCCAGGCAGGGGCUGCCCCAGUGCUGGCCUGAGGCGCUGGCUUACCUGGUGGGCGAGGAUCCGGCACUGACUGGGUGAGUCCGCGUCCUGCGGUCCCUGCGGUGCUGCUCUGCUUCUCCACUGGCAUCCAGGAAAGGUGGCACUGUCAGCGAUCCGGGUCCCAUCCCACGGCCCCGGGCACGUUUAUAGCGUGGGGAUGGCACUGUCUUCAGACAGCACAGCAACACGCACAUCCUUCCCCACACGCCCGCUCCAAAAGUACCGUGGGUGCAGGAGACACCUUGCCCUGAUGCCUUUACUGGUUUGCACUGCCCCACAACCGUCCCCUGCUGUCACCCCAUGCUCUUUCCUUGGUCAGCCCCAAACUUCUCUGUCCCCACAGCAGAAAUGCUGCAGAAUCACAGGGCCAGAGGCCAUGGCAAAUCAGAGAGCGGCGGCGACGAGAUGCCAUGACGCACACUGAGGCUGGCGGGCCUGGUGCCAGGGCUGCCCCCAUCCCAUCCUUGUCCCUGGGCCAGGUGGGCUCCCCUGUCCCCUGCUGGGACGGCAUUCGACUUUGUCGUGCCAUGUAACGUGCCAUUGUGAGGAACAUGUUGGCUGUCCGAGGCCGGCCCCACCGCGGCUCUGCCGGGUGGCAGACCCAUUUGUGACCACUGCUCUCCAUGUCUGGAUGCCCGGGGGGGUGGCCAGGUGCCCAGGGCGGGGGCAGUGCGGCUCUCGGGUCUCUCCUGCUGACGGCCGUGACGGCCGGUCUUGAGUUUCUGUCGAUCAUUGUAUUCCAAGGGUGGCUAUACUACCUGAGAUUUGUGCAUGUUACAUUGUAGUUGUAACCUUUUCUAAUUCGGCAAGAAUAAGAGAUGGUUGUGAUUGUGCAGUGUAUCAAUAAAGUUUGACGAACUUUGUACCUUCGGGGCUUUGCUUCACAGGCCCUGUGCACCCCAGGGAAGGGAUGCGGUGCUGGGCACCUGCUGAGCUGAGCUGGGAGGGCUCCCGAGUGCCUGGGACCUCUGCCCCUCCUGGGGUCUCACCCGGCACUUGGUUGGACCCUCUUUUGAUCGUCCCUUGUGAUAGUGAUGCUUCAAGCCCCACAGCUGGGGCCUGCUGCUGUUUGGGCCAUCCUUCACUCCAUCCAUGCAUCUCCCCUGGGAAUCCACCAGUGAGUCCCGGGUCCUGCCCACCUCUGCCUGCCGAUGAGCAAUGAGCACGCACCUGUUGAUGGAGUCCCUGCAGGGUAAGGACUGUCUUAGUUCUCAUCACUCACCUACGUUCAGUGGAAGCAGCAUGAUCCGGGGCCUCUUCUCCACGACUGAGACCUUCCCAGCAUCUCCUCCAUCAUCUUGCAACAACGUUCACUCUGACAACUAAACCUGCCCCCAUGAAGGGAUGCCUCUGCAGACAAUGCACUCCUGAGGUUUGCUCCUAUUGUGAUCUGGCAGUGCGUGACACAGACCAAAUGUCUUUGUCAAGGGACAGAAACCUUGAGGACCAGGAGCAGAAGAGCCGUGACCCUCAGCGUCUGUCUCCCUGACACGGCUGUAAUCUCACAGCAGGCUGUGCCCUCCUCUCCCAGGGGAUGUCUCACCUUUCCACACCACAUCAACUAGGAGAAAACAUUCAACAAGCUCCUCUAAUGUGACACCUGCUGCCAGGAGACUGGGGGGAGUGGGACUGUGACAGACCCAUCAGUCUUGCUCACUUUGAGACCUCCCUUCAUCUUCCCCAACAUGGGAAUGAAAAGUUCAGUGCCAAGAGAUUUUCCCUGAACCCACAACAAGCAAACAGCUCCAUCCCAGCACUGCUAUGAGCUGCUGUGACCUUGCACGUCAGGAACACCUCCGCUGUCCCCCUCGAGUGAUCCCAGCAGAAAGGUAAGAGCUUCCCAAAAUCCAACCAUCUCCUCAGGGAAGGGAUCUGGGAGGGAUGUGUCACCUCAUCCACUUUCCUCAAUGUCACCUG